UCUCUCUCUCUCUCUCUCUCUCCGCCUCGGUCUCUCACCAGUGCUGAAACCACUCGACUAUAAGGGAGGACAUUCAUUCGCGUCCGUGGCAGUGACCGACGCACGCCCUUCUCCGGCCGACGUCUCCGCCGGGACUGCCGCUGACCACUGCUGACCACCGCUGACCGACCGGAGCCGCUGGCCGGUGGCUCUCCUCCGCGCGCCGGGGCAGUCCGGUCCCUGCUUCCGCUACCCCUCGCCCCCCCCCAACACCCCCUUUUCGGCGGGAGCGCUUUUCCCCCGGGCCGCGGGGUGAAGGGGGGGGGGGUUGGGAAAAAGGGUGAGAAAAACCCCCCCCCCCCCCCGUGUCCGUCCGGGGGGAGAAGACUCCCCGGGAGUUGUGGACACCAUGGAGGGAACGUCGCUGUAUCUCCCCAUCGUUGUUCUACUGAUGCAAUGUCCCCCCUCCGUUCCCGUCACCGUGUCAACCAACAGAGCCAAGGUGGAGGUGGAGGAGUCUUCAGAUGCCGAGCUGUCGUGCAUUUUCUUCACAGAGAGGGACCAGAACCCACGCAUCGAGUGGAAGAAGAAGGGGAAGGAUGUCUCCUUUGUGUAUUUCAACGGACACUUCAGAGGUCCCUUUGCGGGCCGAGCCACCAUUCAGGAUGCCACCAUCACCCUGCGCAAGGUGACCCAGGAGGACGCCGGCGAGUACCGCUGUGAGGUCAGCGCGUCGCUGGACACCGUCAGCCUGGGCGAGACCAACAUCACCCUCACAGUCCUGGUGCCCCCGCAGACUCCGGCCUGCGACGUCCCCGCCUCGGCCGUGACGGGCUCGGCGGUGCAGCUCCACUGCAGGGACCAACGGAGCAUACCGCCCGCCACCUACUCCUGGUUCAAGGACAACAGGCCGAUCAGCCAGCCCCGCCACACCAACGCCACCUACCUUAUCAACCAGUACACUGGAGUGCUGGAGUUCAAAGCCGUGGGCAAGGAGGACACGGGCCGCUACAGCUGCCUGGCCUCAAACGGAGUGGGCUCCCCCAAGAUGUGCGAGGGCAAGCACAUGACCAUAGAGGACGUCAACGUGACGGCGGUGGUGACGGCCGUGCUGGUGCUCUUCCUGAUCGUGGCGGUGUGCGGCUGCGGGGGACUGGCCCUCCAUCGAAAUGGCUUCUUCACCCUGUCACGGUGUAACCCACAUCAGCAGCCAAACCCUGAACAGAUCGGAAGACACGUGAGUGUGACACACGGGGACAAAUUAACACCCAGGGCUUAA